GAGUACGGAACUGGGAUGCUUGGCACAAGCCUAAAGGCUAAAACCGCCAUUUUGAGGUCCCGACUCUGCGUUGGAGAGGAGAAUAUUGGUGUUGUUUUCGUUCGGACAUUUUCACAAACAGAGAAAACCCAGAAAGAAAAAGUUCAUUUGGACCUCUUGAGAGAUAGAGAAAGAGAGAGUAAAGAGGCCGGAAUGGCGCCAAGAUCGUUGAUUCUUCAUCGCCUAACGCCGUACUUCGCUGCCCGAAUCCGACAGAAUCAGAGGCUCCUCAGCUCUUAUUCUUCCUCUGCUCUUCAAGAAGUUUCUUCUUCAUCUCCAUCUCCAUCCCCGUCCCCGUCCCUUGAUGCCGUGGACAUGACUGAAACUUGUAUUCGGAGAAUUAAAGACCUACAGUCUAGUGAACCAUCAUCAGAGGAAAAGAUGCUUCGAUUGAGUGUAGAAACUGGUGGAUGUUCUGGGUUCCAAUAUGUUUUUGAUUUAGACAACAAAACCAACCCAGACGACAGAGUUUUUGAGAGAGAAGGAGUUAAAUUGAUUGUUGAUAAUAUUUCAUAUGAUUUUGUAAAAGGGGCAACCGUUGAUUAUGUUGAGGAGCUUAUUCGUUCUGCUUUUGUUGUGGCGACAAAUCCAAGUGCAGUAGGCGGUUGCAGCUGUAAAAGUUCUUUCAUGGUGAAGCAAUAAGCUUUGCUGGCUUGAAGUUUUUAUUCUCUUUCAAGCUCAAGCUCAAGCGGCUGAAUGUAUGAAUAUAAUUAUUAUUUCACAUGAUUCUUUUGAAUAAUAGUUUAGUAGAAGCUAAUAGCAAUGAAUGUAACAAGCGGCUUUUACCAGCCACGCGUAAUAUCAAUUAGCCUCCUCACUGCUUAUAUGAUUGGUUGCAGGCUACGGAGCCUUUGUAUGAAUUAUGGUUAAAAUUAGAGAGAUUUCUUUUAUCUUGCA